GCAAAUUCAUUUUUUUUAUUUUUUUUUAUUUUUGAACCAAAGCAUAUCAUCCAAAAUGUGUACAGUACUUUUUAAAAUAUUACAGCACUCUUUUUUUAAAAAAAGAGAGUGAACAUUCAUACAGUAUAGUAUAACCUGAAAAAGCAUUAUAUUGGGAAAUUAUUUUGGAUGGGAAAAGUAGGGAAAUCUGGCAAAAUUGCAAAACUAAUAUACAUAAUUUUUGAGAUGCUGGGCAAAAAAACAACAACAUUGGGGUGCUAACUUUUGUAAAAGACCCUCAGGUUUAGCAGAAUUGCAUAAAUGAGAAAAAAGAGAGGAAAUUACCACAGCAGAUUUGUAAAAUUAGGAUGGAUUAGAAUUGACAAAUUUGCUACAUACAUCCCUCCAAUUUGCCUUUAUGUACUGUAGGAUGUGGGGCCUGCUCGCCACUCUGCUAUUUUUCCUCUUUGGCUGUCAUGUGGAUGCUGCAUGUCCCAGGAUCAAUUUUACAUACUUCAAUGACACACCGUGCCUGAAUUUCAGUGGCUUGUUUCCUUACCCCAAAGUCAAUUUCAGUAUAUGGAAACCAGUGAAAGAGUUGGAUCUGUCCGAUAACUCCAUCGCAACGUUAUCAGAAUUGGAGUCUGCAAAAAAGCUGGAAUCGUUGUUUCUUCACAAAAAUAAACUGAAGAGCCUUCCUUCCGACUUCUUUGACAAAACACCCAAUCUGAAGGUCCUGAGUUUGGAGAAGAACAAACUUGGCUCUCUAUCCAUUGAAGAGUCCUAUCACUGUCUGAAGGAGCUCCGCGUGGACUGUCACUGCAAUGUGGCUCGUGGCAUUGUGAAAUAUUGCCACAACUGCUCAGACCAAGGCAUCAAAUGCCAGUGCUUCACUUCUGAAAGACUGGAUAAUGUAACUGAUUACUACAAGGAUAAGUGCUCUGCUAGCAUUGGGUAUGGUCUCUAUGUUGGCAUCAUCGUACCAAUUUUGAUUCUGCUCCUGUUGGGCAUCCUGGUUUUCUUUGUAAUCCGGAGGAAGGCAGGGGCCCCAAUCAAUCAAGAAAAACGAAUUUCCAACACAUCUGAAGGUACUGCUGGACAAUCAAGGUACAUCAGCCGCUUACCCCAGCCAGGGAAUAGAUUUCAGGACAAAGAGUUCCACAAAGACUAUGAGAAUGUCUUGAAAGACCAAUCCAAGGGCAGAGUGGGCAAAGUGAAAAGCGGGCAAGGCAACCACCAGAACCGGAAGCAGACUACUACCAAAAGGUCUCCAUCGAAAAGUGAGAACAGUGAUUCUGCUGAAGGCCAUCAGCCCGUCUACGCCAAUACUCAGGAAUUAUAUUACAACUAUACUGGGAAGUCUAUACCAGAAGCAGUAGAUGAUGUCUACAUUAUUCCAGACCAGUGAUACCUUGGCUCCAUCAACACUGCUAUGACCAAGGAUGACCCAAAACAUCUCCUGGGCCUGUUGCAAUGCCCGUUCUCCAGAACACCAUACCUCAAUUCAUUUGCUGGCAUUUUGUAAAUCACUGAAGAGUUAGAUGGGACCUACAGGUUGGGUGAGACCAUCACUGUGGCUUUCUUUAGCAUGGUUAUGGUGAUGUGGUGGAAUGGAUUGUCUUCAGGCAUCAUUAUGUUAUCUUCUCAUUGUUGUUUAUCUUGAUAUUCAUUAGGUUUGUUUGUUGAUUUGGAUUACCUAUGUUUCCUACCUAUGAGGUAGGAGACCUUCUCUGCUGUUGCCCACACUUUGGGGCAUGUUAAUCCCCAGAGGCAAAAGGAGCCCCAAUGCUUUUGGUUUUCUGGAAGAGGGUUAAGACCUGGCUCUGCCAAUGAGCACAGGAGUCUAAAAGGAUGAUGCAGCCCUAGGGGUAGGGGUAGGGAUUGGCUUAGGGACACUCCCUCCGCCUUGUUAACCUAAGUUCUUUAAACUUUGAUUUUCUCUUUUAAUUUGUAAAUUUUAACCUUGUUCUUAAUUCUGUUUUUAACCAUGUUUUUAACCAUAUGUUUAAAUUGUUUUAUGAUGUGGUGGUAAACUGUUCAGAGUGACUUAUGGUAUAGAAAUGUAAUAAAUGUAAAUAAAUAAACAAAUAUAAUAAAUGAA